ACGGAGCCUGGGUACUGCUUCUGCGGCACACCAGAUACCAACGACAUGAUUGCUUGUGACAGCAACGGCUGUGCAACGGAAUGGUUUCAUUUUACCUGCGUGGGAUUGGAGCCCAAGACGGUGCCGAAGGGAAAGUGGUUUUGCGAUGAGUGUGUAGAGAAAGUGGUGAAGCGA